AUGGAAUCAAGUCCUGAGCCUCCGAGUUUGGAAACAAUGAAGGGAGACACCAGGCCACUCAGCAGAGAAGAGGAUGCCAGCGGGAGGGAAGACUCCAUCAUCACCAAUGGGGACUGCAGCAACCAUUCUUCCGACUCUAAGGACGCACCGUCACCCCCGAUCUUGGAGGCCAUCAGCACCCCGGAGAUCAGAGGCCGCAGAUCAAGCUCACGACUGUCCAAGAGAGAGGUCUCCAGCCUGCUAAGUUAUACUCAGGACCUGACGGGUGAUGGAGAGGGUGACGAGGAAGACGGAGAUGGCUCCGACACUCCAAUAAUGCCAAAACUCUUCCGGGAAACCAGGACUCGGUCUGAAAGCCCAGCUGUCCGAACCCGAAAUAACACCAGUGCCUCUGGCCGGGAGAGGCACAGGCUCUCCCUCCGCUCCACCCGAGGCCGGCCCGGCCGCAAUCACAUGGACGAGUCCCCAGUGGAGUUCUCAACUACCAGGUCCCUGAGGCGGCGCACAGCAUCGUCGGCAGGCACCCCGUGGCCGUCCCCGGAGAGCCCCUAUCCCACCAUUGACCUCACAGAUGACAGUGUGAUGCCCCAGAGCAGUAGUACCCCUUACACCCGCCUGGCUCAGGACGGCCAACAGGAGAACUUGGACUCCCCACAGAUGUAUGCGGAGGGCAGAGAUACAGAUGGCACCGAGUAUCAGGAUGGGAAGGAGUUUGGAAUAGGGGACCUUGUGUGGGGAAAGAUCAAGGGCUUCUCCUGGUGGCCUGCCAUGGUCGUGUCCUGGAAGGUCACCUCCAAGCGCCAGGCCAUGUCCGGCAUGCGGUGGGUCCAGUGGUUUGGCGACAGCAAGUUCUCUGAGGUCUCUGCAGAUAAGCUGGUGGCCUUGGGGCUAUUCAGCCAGCACUUUAAUCUGGCGACCUUCAAUAAGCUGGUCUCUUACAGGAAGGCCAUGUACCACGCUCUGGAGAAAGCCAGGGUGCGGGCUGGCAAGACCUUCCCCAGCAGCCCCGGAGACUCAUUGGAGGACCAGCUGAAGCCCAUGUUGGAGUGGGCCCAUGGGGGCUUCAAGCCCACCGGGAUCGAGGGCCUCAAACCCAACAACAAGCAAACAGAGAACAAGAAGCGCAGACGCACCACUGAUGACUCAUCCACCUCCAUGGACUACUGCCCCCAGCCGAAGCGCCUGAAGACAAACUAUAACAAUGGCAAAGACCGAGGAGAGGAGGACCAGACUCGAGAGCAAAUGGCUUUGGAUGUUGCCAACAACAAGAGCAGUCUGGAAGACAGCUGUUUGUCCUGCGGUAGGAAAAACCCCGUGUCCUUCCACCCUCUCUUUGAGGGGGGGCUCUGUCAGACAUGUCGGGACCGGUUCCUCGAGCUGUUCUACAUGUAUGAUGAUGAUGGCUAUCAGUCCUACUGCACCGUGUGCUGUGAGGGGCGCGAGCUGCUCUUGUGCAGCAACACAAGCUGCUGCCGGUGCUUUUGUGUGGAGUGCCUGGAUUUGCUGGUGGGCUCGGGCACAGCAGCCGAUGCCAAGCUGCAGGAGCCCUGGAGCUGCUACAUGUGCCUCCCGCAGCGCUGUCACGGGGUCCUGCAGCGCCGGAAGGACUGGAAUGUUCGCCUGCAGUCCUUUUUCACCAGUGACCCUGAUCUCGAAUACGAGGCCCCCAAGUUAUACCCUGCGAUUCCUGCAGCCCGAAGGCGGCCAAUUCGAGUCUUGUCCCUGUUUGAUGGAAUUGCCACAGGGUACUUAGUCCUCAAAGAAUUGGGGAUCAAAGUAGAGAAGUAUGUCGCCUCUGAAGUGUGUGAAGAGUCCAUCGCCGUUGGAACUGUUAAGCACGAAGGCAAUAUUAAAUACGUGAAUGAUGUCAGGAACAUCACAAAGAAAAAUGUUGAAGAAUGGGGUCCCUUUGACUUGGUAAUUGGUGGGAGCCCAUGCAAUGACCUCUCAAAUGUGAAUCCCGCCAGGAAAGGCCUAUAUGAGGGCACAGGCCGACUUUUCUUCGAGUUCUACCACCUGCUGAAUUAUGCAAGGCCCAAGGAAGGUGACGACCGGCCCUUCUUCUGGAUGUUUGAGAAUGUGGUAGCCAUGAAGGUUGGCGACAAGAGGGACAUCUGUCGUUUCCUAGAGUGUAAUCCAGUGAUGAUUGAUGCCAUCAAAGUGUCUGCUGCUCACAGGGCCCGAUACUUCUGGGGCAACCUGCCCGGGAUGAACAGGAUCUUCGGCUUUCCUGUACACUACACGGAUGUGUCCAACAUGGGCCGUGUUGCCCGCCAGAAGCUGCUCGGGAGGUCCUGGAGCGUGCCUGUCAUCCGCCACCUCUUCGCCCCCCUGAAGGACUACUUUGCCUGUGAAUAG